CGCGAGCACUGGGAGAAUGCGGUGAUGGGAAGAGCCUCUGGAGCUACAAGGAGGAUGAGAUGGCUGCUUCUCGUGCUCCCGGUUCUUGCCAUGGUCUGGCCCAGCGGUGCCAUCGUUGAUACUUGCGAUGUCUGCGGGAGUCGUCCCCUGGUGCCCAGCGAUGUCGAGCAACCGCAGCUGGAGGGCAGCGUGGACGCCCUGCCCGGAUCCUGGCCCUGGAUUGUUAGCCUGCAGCUGCCAACCAUCACAGGGCACAACCACACCUGCGGAGGCUCCUUGAUCACAGCGCGGUGGGUCCUCACGGCCGCCCACUGCUUCAGAAACAAAAGGAACCUGCCACACUGGCGUGCCGUGGUUGGCGCGACCAAGCUCUCCUCGCUUGGCCCGGAAGUCCACGUGCGCUACGUCAAGCAAGUGGUGAUCCACGAGGACUACAAGCCGACGACCGAGGUUAACGACAUCGCCUUGAUGGAGCUGGACCAGCCUGUCAAGUGCAGCGACUACAUUCAACCGGCCUGCGUGCCCGACAGUACGGUCAGGGUGCCCACGCUCACCUACUGCUACAUUGGCGGCUGGGGCGUCUUGCGACAGGGGGGAGCCACAAAGACGCUGGAUGUCAUGCAAGAGGCGAAGGUGGACCGGUUUCCCGCGGAGGAGUGCAACAGCACCAGCUGGUACAACGGGGACAUCCGGGAACACAACCUGUGCGCAGGCUACGAGAAAGCAGGCAUCGACAGCUGCAAGGGAGACAGCGGCGGGCCCCUCAUGUGCACCGAGGAGGCCUCCCUGCCCUUCUGGGUCAUCGGCGUCACCAGCUGGAGCCGCGGGUGCGGCAAAGCCCGCCGGCCGGGCGUCUACACCGCCACGCAGCCCUUCUACAGCUGGGUGAAGGCGUGGGCCGGCCCCAUGCCUCAGUUCCCGCCGGCCCCCCAAACCACCACCUCGGCGGCAACAGAGCCGGUCCCGUCCCUGACCCGCUCAGAGCCUGAGCCCAAACCAGUCGGAGCCCCGCAGGGAAGCCAACGGCACGGUGGCCACCUUCUUCAAGCUGCUCCAGAACUUCCUGCGCCACACGAGGAAGGGGAAAGGAGACGUGUGGCCAAAACUGACGGAGGUGGAACUCAUCGAAGAAGUCAACGUGGCUCCUUUGGAGGAGUCGAGCCAGCCCCCGGCCACCGAACGGCCUGCAGAGACACCGACACUGACCAGUCCUUGCAAACAGACAGAAACGCCGAGCGUGACCACGGUGCGCAAGUGCUUGACGGACGCAAAUACCCAGAGGGGGGACUCCCAGGGACAGCUGGAAUAGGAAACUCGGAAGGAAAUAAAUGCCUCUUUGUUACUGAGUUUGUUGCCCUUCUCAGCACACCCCCAGGGGGGCUGGGAGGCCCCAGCCCUUCAGCCCCACCACCCGUGGGCUGCCACACUGCAGCCACAGACUUCGUAUUCCAGUGUAACAAUGAGUUAGGAGAUCUUACGUUUGGUUCUAAGAAGAAUUUGUCCAACGGCCUCUCCUGGAGCCAAAUGCCGCCAGGAAGAGGCAGGGCCGUUGGCCAUCAGGAGCUGGUGCGCUCACAAGGUUUGCAGCAGUGA